CCGUCAGUCCGCAUAUCGGCACGUUCGGCGUUCGGGGGUUCUCGCGGCGAGUACGAGCGAUGGUACCGGGCGAUGGGGGCGGCGCGAGCUCCGCGAGCAUCAGUGGCCGGUGAGUCGGGCGGCCGCCCCACGUCCGCGCUGGCAUGUUCCUCACCCAGGUGAGAUAAUGGCGGUGGCACGUGUCGUGUGCGUCGCCGCCCUGACGGUGCUGGUGACCGCCACCAUCCCCAACAGCAACGCCAACCGCCGCCACCACCACCACCCCGCGCCCUGCCCCAACUGCGUGCUGCACGACCGCGUGCCGGGCCAUCAUCCUCCUCCUCCUGCUCCUCCUCCUCCUCCUCCUCCUUCUCGGCAGCCGGACGCCGACCGUCUCCGCCUGGAAGCCAUCAAGUCGCAGAUCCUCUCCAAGCUGGGCCUGAGAGAGAAGCCGAACGUGACGCACAGCAUGCCGAAGGAGAUGGUGCUGGAGACGCUGUUCCGGGCCGAGGACGUGGACGACGACGACAACGACGACGACGACGCAUUUGCGGAGGGCGCCGCCAGACGACGGGAGUGGUCGUGGACCACCGAGGAGGCGAGAGACCGCCACGACGGACACGCCGGCGAUCAGCAGGAUUACGACGACUUUUACGCCAGGACGUCGGAGAUCAUCUCCUUCGCCGAGCAAGGUUCGACGCUCAACAGAAACAGACUGUUGGAGUUCUCCAUCAGUCCGGAGGCGGGUGGUUCCAUGACGGGCGGCGAGUUCAGGGUGAGAACGGCCGCCCUGUGGCUCAAGGCCGACUACAAGGCGGUGGAGGAGAAGAAGAAGAAACGGCCCAAGUGCCGACACACAGAAAUCUACGUCUUCAAAAUCAUAUCCGAUAGAUUGCCAGAGUCCGUCACACUUAGUAAUAGUCAAUUCGAUAGGGUGACCGCCGAACCGGUGUCCGCCAAGUUGGAGGAGCGGUCGAGCGGGUGGCAGAAGCUGGAUGUCACCGAAACGGUCCGUUCGUGGCUGAGCACGGGCGGCGCCCACAAACUAAAGCUGUUUGUCGACUGCGCCUGCUGCGCCAACUGGCGAGUGCAUCUCUUCAACGGGGCGCGAGGUGAGGACGAACGGGACGGGCGAACGGGCGGAGAGAACCCCAACAGACCGUUCCUGGUCAUCCACACCGAUCCGAACGCCACCAAAAGGGUGAGGAGGAGGGCGCUGGAGUGCACGCCCGACUCGGGGAACCAGUGCUGCAAACAGAGGUUCUACGUCAGCUUCAAGGCGCUCGGAUGGGACGACUGGGUGAUAGCACCGCAGGGGUACUACGCGAACUACUGCAGAGGAGACUGCGGCCAACAUCGCACGCCCGACACGUACGCCACCUACCACACGCACGUGCUGGAGGAGGCGAGGAAGUCGCACCACCUGAGCGGGGUGCAGCCCUGCUGCGCACCUCUCAAGUUCAGCUCCGUCUCCCUCAUCUAUUACGGACCGAACCGGGACGUCAUCAAGAGGGACCUGCCGAAGAUGGUCGUCGACGAGUGCGGAUGUCCGUAGACGGAUUCAAUUUGUUUUGGUACGAGUGCGCGAGUUGAACGCCGAACACUGAACACUGAACUCGGAACGCUGAACGGUUCGAGGCAAUGUGUGAGUAGAUAAACGAAUAUACGCAAUAAUUAAAUAAUUGACUGACGCAAUAAGCAACGUUACUAAACUAAAUUUAAUAAAAUAUUGAAUGAUUGAUGAUCAGAUGAUGAUGAUGAUGAUGAUGAUGACGUUGAU